AUGAAAUCGGCCGUUUCUUUCCUUGGUGCCUUUGUGGCUCUUGUCCGACUGGCUGCAUCAGAGGCCGUCGUUGGCAAGGCUGAUGGCUUCGCAUACGGUGUCACUGGCGGCGGGAAUGCAUCGCCCGACUAUCCCGCCGACAUCACUGAGCUCAAGUCUAUGCUCACUGAUAACGUCCCUCGUGUGAUUGUUCUCAAGAAGACCUACGACUUCACACAAUCUGAGGGCACUAUCGUUGGUAAUGUCUGCUUGUCCUGGGGUGCUGGUCACUCUUGCCAGCAGAUCAUUCAGAAGGAUUGUGGCGAUACACCUUCGAUGAUGGCAAAGUGGUGGAAGGCCCCUACCAUACCCAUCGACGUCGCAUCUCACAAGACUAUUCUCGGUGUCGGCAACAAGGGCGUUAUUCGAGGCAAAGGCUUGAGAUUCACGAAUGGUGCUACCAAUAUCAUCGUGCAGAACAUUCAGAUCGCGGAUCUCAACAACAAAUACGUCUGGGGUGGAGAUGCCAUCGGCUUCACCAACAGCUCAAAGAUUUGGAUCGAUCAUGUCACGACACACAACCCAGGCCGUCAGCACUACGUCUUUGGCUUCGAGCCCAGCACUGGUAUUACCCUUUCCAACAACUUCAUCAACGGUAAUUCGACCUACUCUACUAGUUGCGACAACUACCACUACUGGAACUUCGAGAUGGUCGGCACAGAUGAUCAAAUCACGCUCAAAAACAACUACAUGUACCGCACGGCUGGUCGCGCACCUGCCCUCAGCGGCGGCACCCUUCUCCACGCUGUCAACAACGUCUGGUCCGAUAACGGCGGUCACGUCCUCGAGGGUGGUGAUACCAAGGCCCGUGGUAUCUUCGAGGGCAAUGUGUUUACAGAUAUCAACUCGAUGAUUGCCGACUACGCAGGUAGACUGUUCGGAACGCCUGCUGGAAGUGAGAGCAAGUGUAAGUCUGCCUUGGGUCGUAACUGCCAGACCAACUCGUAUAAGCAGGCUUCGGGAAGCUUGAACGCUUAUACUGAUACCUCUUUCUUUGGCGACUUUGCUGGUCUGCAUAUUGCUGGCGCUGUUUCUGCUUCGGAGGCUGCUUCCAGUGUACCUAAGAAUGCUGGUGCCGGUAUCAUUGAUGUCAGUGUCUAG